UCCUCUAGUACGCAGUAUAACAAUGGACGCAAAAUACACACUUAUUGGGAAACAGAAUUAUAGAUUACCUGUUUUAGGACGACAGUUGCUAGUGUGUCUGUCAGUAUGCGUGUAUUCCUUCAUGCUGGGACUGAGCUUCGGGAGUCCCACGGUGGCCGUGGCCCAGCUGAGGGCAAGGGCGAACUCAACCGACGCAGUCAGCAGGGAAAUGGGCUCUUGGAUAGCAUCUGCAUCCGGCUUUGUCGCAAUCCCGACGGUGGUCAUCUCGGUCAUCGUUGUACAUCACUUCGGGCGCAAAAAAGUUUAUAACUACGCGACUGUAAAACUCCAUUCUGGCUUGCAUCAAGGGGCAGAUAUGAAGAAUGCGCAGCAGCACACCGAUGGUUGAAGGGGGCGAACGAGGAUGCCGAGAAAGAGUUGAAAGCGAUUAUUGAUAGUUUCCAACAAGAUGGCAUAGUGUCAAUACAAACACGCAAAUCUCUGUUAACUACAGUUAAAGAAUAUUGGACGAUAAUAUGUCAACCAUCAUUUUAUAAACCUGUCUCUAUAGGCUUCAUAAUUGAAAUGAUGUGUGUAGCUACAGGAAAAUUGGUUUUUUCUAUGUAUGCAAUUGAAAUAAUAGGAAAAGUUACAAAAAAUAAAACUACAGCUCACUAUUUUAUGUUGAUAUUGGAUGGAUUUAGUGUGUUAGGCAUGUAUAUGGGCUGUGUCUUAGCAAAACGCUUAAAAAGAAGAACUAUGUUGUUAUGUUCAUCAACAUUAUCAGCAAUACUAAUGUUUGCUGUGUCAUUUUAUUUGUAUUUGGUUAAAUUCAAAAUAAUGUCUGAAAAUAACAUAUUAUUUUUAAGUAUAUUGGUUUUAUAUUCGUUAAUUACAUGUUGUGGCCCCAUGCUUUUGUUUAGCGUUAUUUGUGGCGAAUUGUUUCCAUUAAAAGGUAGAAGUUUUGGAGUGAUAUUAUCAGGUGUGAUUAAUAGUGCACUU